CGGUCGAGGUUGUGAAUGCGACGACAGGAUUAUGGCGAGGGUCAGCGCGGUUGAGUGGUUGAGGGGCGGAAGCGGCAGAUGCUGCUGUUCCUUCAAGCGGAUCACCUUUGUGAUUUGCUGCGUUAAUCUGGUUGCCGCGCUCCUCGUGAUUCAUUCGUUCUACACUUCCUUCUUCUUCUGCCCUUCGUCUGGGCUCAACCGAAAUUAUCUCGCCGAUCAGACAAAGAAAAUGGAAGAAUCGAUCCGGAUACGAAGAGAAAUGGGGCCUUUGGCUCUCGUUAAUGCGGCGAGGAUGCUCAGAAUGAAGUUAUCCAGAGAAGAGAAAAAGGGUUGUAUUCAGUUGUCAGAACUGGUGAUGCAUAAGUUGGCCAGCGAGAUUCUGCAGAUGCUGCAAGGUGUCGACAAUACUAACGUGACGGAACAACAGGGUUGGUUAUCCUUUUCAUGUUUAUUUGAGCUUAUUGAUCAGUUAUUUUCAUGAAUUUGUUCACCAAGUUGGAUCAUACGUUCAUGCAUAGAUAGCUUGAUCGUUUGGACUUUGGUGAGCU